AUGGGUCAGACCCUUAGUUGCACAGUGAGCCAGGACCACGGCCUCUUCACCGCCGUGCAACACGGUCACCUUCAAACUGUCACCACCCUCUUAGAGGCCGACCCAUCUCUCUUGUACCAAACCACUCCCUACGAUCGCCACACUCCGCUUCAUAUUGCCGCAGCCAAUGCCCAGAUCGAGAUUCUGUCUAGGCUUUUGGAUGGAUCUCUUAACCCAGAUGUUUUAAAUCGCCACAAACAGACUCCGCUUAUGUUGGCAGCAAUGCACGGGAACAUCGCGUGUGUCGAGAAGCUUCUUCUAGCCGGAGCUAAUGUGUUAAUGUUUGAUACUAUUUCCGGGAGAACCUGCUUACACUAUGCCGCAUACUACGGCCAUUCUUCUUGCCUUAAGGCUAUUCUUUCUGCUGCUCAAUCUAGUCCAGUGGCUGCUUCUUGGGGGUUUGCUCGUUUUGUGAAUAUUAGAGAUGGAAAGGGUGCAACGCCAUUGCACUUGGCGGCUCGUCAGAGACGGCCUGAAUGUGUACAUAUUCUGUUGGACAGUGGAGCUCUUGUUUGUGCUUCAACUGGUGGAUAUGGCUGUUCUGGGAGUACUCCGCUUCAUCUAGCAGCCAGAGGGGGAUCUCUGGAUUGCAUUCGUGAAUUGUUGGCAUGGGGUGCAGAUCGUCUUCAACGCGAUGCAUCUGGGCGGAUACCAUAUAUGGUUGCUCUGAAACACAAACAUGGAGCCUGUGCAUCAUUGCUGAAUCCUACGUCUGCAGAACCUCUUGUCUGGCCGUCUCCGUUGAAGUUCAUCAGUGAGCUUAAUCCUGAAGCCAAAGCUUUAUUGGAACAGGCCUUGAUGGAUGCAAACAGAGAAAGGGAGAAAAACAUAUUGAAAGGGAGUGCUUACUCUCUUCCAUCUCCAUCACAUUCUGAUGGCGUAACUGAUGAUAUGUCUGAGGUUAGUGAGUCCGAGUUAUGUUGCAUAUGCUUUGAGCAGGUAUGCACAAUCGAAGUUCAGAACUGUGGCCACCAGAUGUGUGCACAAUGCACACUGGCCCUGUGUUGUCACAACAAGCCCAACCCUGCCACAACCUGUCUCACUCCACCGGUUUGUCCAUUCUGCCGAAGCACCAUAGCAAGACUGGUGGUUGUGAAGACAGAAUGCCAUGAUGAAACUGAUCUAGAUAGUGUUGACAUCAACUGUUCCAAGCUGAGCAAGUCAUCAAAGAAACCCAGAAACUUGAAUGACAGUGGUAGCAGCAGCUUCAAGGGCCUAUCCACUGUUAGUUCAUUCGGGAAGUUGGGUAGCCGCAGCUCUGGAAGGAUUGCUGCCGAGUGGGUGGAUAAACAGUGA